AAAACCAGCACCAUGCCUGGACUCAUUAACAAGGAGAACUGGAGCGCUCUGCCCCUCAGUGUAUCUGACAUCACUUCCUGUGUCAGAGGUUAUACUCUGGCCCUGACAGCCUCUAUGACCUAUGAAAAUAUUGAGGACCAUGCGAUCGAGGGCAUAUUUAUUUAUCCCCUGGAUGAAAAUUCCAUUGUGGUGGGGUUUGAGGCUAUGAUAUCCAGUCAGAUUAUAACGCUGCAAAUCAAAGACAAGGCCAAAAUCGACGACUGUUAUCUGGAUUGCUGCAACACAUCUAAUGGAGGCCUCCAGAGUGGCAGCGGACACAUAGUGAUGGAUGAGGAUGUGGAGAGGACAGUGUUAGUGGUUAACCUUGGGAUCAUCCCUCCUAUGGAGACGGUCCAUAUUCUGGUCAGCACCUCCUCUGAGCUCUCCACGCUGCCCAACGGGGGGAUCAAGGUCUCAUCCCCACCGGUGUGUACACCUAGGGUUCAGAGGACCAUCAACGAGGAGCAAGGAAUAUCCCCAAACUUCUCCAGAUCGCGUGACAGGCAUCCCUGUGCCUCCAGUCCUCAUGAUCAACCUCCCAACCCCCCUCAGCUGUGUUUGGCCUCACUGCUGGAGGAGGAGGCCAUCAACUCCAUGGACUACGAGUUUAACUUCCAGCUAGAGAUUCGUGCUCCCUACCUCCUCGCAGGUGUCGAGAGCCCUUCUCAUGCCAUCCGAGCUGAUGCAGAUCCUCUGGCCCGCUCUGCUACCAGCGUCGUCAUCACUCUGGCUGACAAGUACACUUAUGACUGUCCUGUUGAAAUCCUCAUCUACCCAAGCGACCCUCAUCUGCCACAUGUGCUCAUUGAGAGCGGCGACAUGACGCAGGAGGACUAUGAUGAGUAUCUUCACGGCCGGAGCGAUUUCAUCAAGGCCACCAAGAAGGACUCGAGCAAUGAGAAGAAAGUCGAUAUCAUUCACAGGCGACUCCACAAGGACAUCCUGCACAAUCCUGUGACCAUGCUAAAUUUCUGCCCUGACCUAAAGUCUAUCAGCUCAGAUCUCAGGAAGGUGCACGGCGAGUUCGUCUUCCUCAUUGACCGCAGCGGCAGCAUGAGUGGGGUCAACAUCAACCGUGUGAAGGAUGCCAUGGUAGUCAUUCUCAAGAGCCUCGUGCCCGGCUGCCUUUUCAACAUCAUAGGCUUUGGCUCUACAUUCAAAUCAUUAUUCACAACCAGCCAGAGCUACGAGGAGGAAGCUUUGGCUCUGGCUUGUGAGUAUGUCAGGAGGAUCAGAGCCGACAUGGGGGGGACCAACAUCCUGGCACCGCUCAACUGGAUCCUGAGGCAGCCAAUGUUGAGUGGACACCCCCGCCUGCUUUUCCUGCUCACCGACGGGGCCGUCAGCAACACGGGCAGGGUUAUCGAGCUGGUCCGCAGCCACGCACGCUACAUCAGAUGUUUUACGUUCGGCAUAGGACAGAACGCUUGCAGGAGGCUGGUGCAGGGACUGGCAACAGUUUCUAAAGGAACAGCAGAGUUCCUGGCCGACGGCGAGAGGCUGCAGCCCAAGAUGAUAAAGUCCCUGAAGAAAACCAUGUCUCCUGUGCUAAGUGACAUCUCCAUCGAGUGGCUCUUUCCUGAGACCAAGGAGGUGCUGCUCUCCCCUGUGGGCAACACCUUUCUGUUUCCAGGGGACAGUCUGAUUGGUUACAGUGUGGUUUGCGACACCACUCGCUACCAUGCCAACCCCAAAUCUGAUAAGAGGAGGCGAUACAGCAUGAUGCGCUCCAUUGAGUCAGCCAGCUCAGUAUUUUAUCACUCUCAAGAAGAGGACCCAUCGAAGGCAGGUGUGGAUGGUUCAGGGUCUUACAGGGAAGCACCCUCUGGCGCUCUGUAUGACUCCUAUCAAGACUCGAUGAUAGACAACAGCCCCGUCACCACAGAACAAGACCCCAUGGGGUUCGAUAGCAAGACCUCCCCAAGAAGACGUGCAUACAGUACCAACCAGAUAAUUGACUUCAACCCAGCGAAGAAGGUCUACACUCCCAGUGACCCCAGCUCUGUGGUGACCAAGAAUCCACUGAGGAGAGCUAAAGUCCAGGAGCUGAUUGGCCAGAUGAGCCCUGAGCACGAGGCGCAGUGGAAGAAUGACUACCAGCCACAGCUGGCAAGCUUGUGUGCCACAACUUCCAGAGGGCGUCCUGCCAGCUGUCACAGGCUGGUCUCUCAGCAGGAGGCUCCUCUGCAGCAGGAAGCCGACUCAGAGCUUCAUUUGCAUCCUCAGGCUCUGGACAACAUUCUGCCCAGCAGCAGCGUGCCGCCUGCCGCUCGUAACACUGCUGGGGAAGAUGGAUCCAGAUCCUCCACGGACAGUCCGUCUCUAGGCAGCAUGGGAGACACAGAUGGAUACGGCCACCAGUUAUGUCAGGCAGAAACACCACAGGAGAGCAAGACUUCAGAUCUGGAUGCUGCCAGCCAGCUAAAAGGUGACUGCAAGGCUGUGGUGUCUGGACUGCUGUGUGGGAAACCGAUGAGGUGGGAGGUGGUGUUUGAUGUCCUGCCCUACCUGAACGGACGGGAACGUGAGGAGAAGGUUCACGAGGAGCUGUGGAACGAGACCUUCCACCACCUGGCCGGACGCUCCAUCAUUCACGACUUUGAGCACAUGGGGGAAAAGGAGUGCGAGAUUGAGCAUGGCUCUGGCAGGAAAUACCAGCUUUACGCCAUUCACACCAGCAAAGCCUGCAAUAUACUGAGCAAACACACAGCAUUUGUUCCCGUUGACCUGGACACUAAUGAGUAUUUGCAGACAAGUAUUGAAUACAUAAACUCCGGUGAAGGUCUGAAGAGGGGUUCACACUCAAGCUCUCGCUCAGGGAGCAGAAAGAACAAAGGUUACUCCAUAGGACUGGGUCGCUCCCAGUCUGGCAGCAUGACGGAGGAGGCUGAAGAUGUCCUGCUGCACAACAGUGGAGAGGAUGGCGUCUCUCCCUGCAGCACACCCUCUUCUUCCGGCUGGGAGAGAUGCAGCUUUGCAGAGGUUUUCCAGAGGAGUCCAUCUGUGACCUCUGACCAAUCACAGAAAUCAGUGGAGAGCCUUUUUUCUGCCAGGUUGGCCCUCAGCAGGACUCGCCUCCUGACUCGGGCUGCCAAAGGAUUCAUGUGUCGAUCGCACAGCAAGUCCGGCGAUUCAAUUGGUGAGAGUGACAAUGAGAACAAAGACUACAUUCCUCUGCUGUUGUUGCAACUGGCCAGUGGUGCAUUUCUCUUGGACAUCGCUCUGUGUGAUGCCAUUAAUGUGCCCAUGGACAAGCUGAAGUGGACGUCCCCCUUCACCAGCCACCGCACCAGCCUGGGUCACCUGUCUCACUCCAGCACCCGGCGUGCUGAGAGUGCCGAUGACGGACGCAGAUCACCAUAUGAGCCGGAAACACAUCAGCAACCUGCAGAGCACACUGUCGGCAUCCACAGCCCUUCUCAUCUGUUCAGGAGCUCCUGGACGGAUGCUGGCCCUUCCUCGUUAUGCAGUCCAUCAACUACUGCUGAGCCUCCACUGUCUCCAAAUUCCCAGGUGGACAGCGGACGGAGCUCUGGGUCCGGAGGUUUGGAAACAGCAUCGCCCGGAGGCGUGCUAAAGAGAAUGCUAGAUACGGGGAGCAUGGUGUGGGCCACAGCUGUGGCUCUCGCCUGGCUGGAGCACACCUCUGCCAGUUAUUUCAUAGAGUGGGAACUGGUUGCUGCCAAAGCCAGCAUGUGGUUGAGUGCACAGGACAUCCCAGAGGGCCGGGAUUUGGCCUCAAUCAAGGCUGCUGCCAACCAACUCUUCAUCAUCCUCAGACACUGGGAUGAAAACCUGCAACUGAACAUGCUUUGUUACAACCCCAACAGUGUGUGA